GAGCCUCAAAAGGAGGAGCCGCACCCAAAGAACGAAACUGAAGGUGAAGCCAAGGAGGUGCCGCAGGACGUUGCCGAGGAACCCCAGCAAGACGAGGCGUGCCCGGAGCCAGGAGACAACCAGCAACUCAAGACUUCAGAAGAGCCCGCAGCUACUGAGGAUGAUGCAGGUGUCAGCCAGGAACUUGUGGAGGAGCACGUCCCCGAUGCCGCCCCGGAUGCCCCUACAGGGCAAGCAGGAGGGGAGGCGUCGCCGGAGCAGGCUCCAAGCCAAGAGCCGCAGGCCGAGGAGGAAGGUGUGCCUGAAGAGCCUGGGAAGGAGCUUCCUCGUGCUUCCGAUGCGCCAGGUGACGAAGAAGAUACCAAGCCGGCUCCA